CAGGCAGGCAAAGCAGCUGCAGAGACCAAGGAACGCUGACAACAACGGAGAGGCUCAUGUUAGGAAAGUCAGAAACGGAACAUUUGCCUGUUUUGUGAUUUGAUGAUUUGAGAUUUUCAAUUGUAACAUUUUGGUGAUCACAUUUUCUUCAUUUUGACGCAUGCGUGGGAAUAUAUUUUGCAUUCUCUCGACCUGAAAUGACUGCUAGUCGCCGUGUCUAGCCAAUGGUUACUGCGGGGGCUCCUGUCUUGUGGAUUAUCCGUCGUCGCCCAGCCAGUCGCAUGGUCGAGCCCGGAGGAGGCCCCGCUCUGCUGGAUGGAUGUGUGUGAAGCAGCGCCGGACUCCAAGUACUGAUGAAGACGGUGAUAAUGAUGAUGCUCGGGUUUCAUCGGCAGCGGGUCAACUGAUCUUGGAUGUUCGGGCUAUAUCGCCCCUUCACAAAACAUUUCCUCAUACGGCAAACAAAUAUAUUCUUUAAAAACUGGACGCCCCUGGAGCAGUUUAUGACGACCCUGGUAGGAGCGUGAUGAGCGCGCGCUUCCACUUGCCUCCUGGCAGAUCCUACAAUGUCCGGGCGACGGAGCUGGAGCGAGACAGGCAGCACACGCAGGUUGUGUGCAACAUACUGCUGCUGGACAACACCGUCCAGGCGUUUAAAGUCUGCAAGUCGGAUCAUGGCCAGGUAUUGCUGGAUGCUGUCUUUAAGCACCUGGAGCUGACUGAGAGAGACUACUUUGGCCUGCACUUGGCGGAUGACUCCUUAGAUGCGCCAGUCAGUAUGAUGUUUUUCAAUCUACCGAGUCGCUGGCUCGAUCCCAACAAGCCCAUCAGGAAACAGUUGAAAAGAGGGUCUCCCUAUAACAUGAGCUUCAGAGUCAAAUUCUUUGUGACAGACCCCGGAAAACUUCAGGAAGAAUACACACGGUACCAAUAUUAUCUUCAGAUCAAGCAGGAUAUAGUAACUGGAAGAUUGCCCUGUCCACACAACACAUCCGCGCUGGUGGCGUCCUAUUCUGUUCAAUCUGAACUGGGCGACUACAGUGAAACGGAGCAUACAGCAGGCUAUUUGUCUGAAUUCUGCUUCAUGCUCAACCCUCCGCAAGACUUCCACAAAGAGGUCGCCAAACAUCACCAGCAGCACAGUGGUCUAUCUCCUGCCCAGUCAGAGUUUAAUUAUCUGAACACAGCACGCACGCUGGAGCUCUACGGGGUAGAGCUGCACUAUGCAAGGGACCAGAGCAACACAGAGAUUCUUCUCGGGGUGAUGUCCGCCGGCAUUGUGAUUUACAAGAACAGGGUACGGAUCAACUAUUUCCAAUGGUUGAAAAUAGUGAAAAUCUCCUUUAAGUGCAAACAGUUCUUCAUUCAGCUAAGAAGAGAGGCGACUGAGACCCGAGAAACGCUGCUUGGUUUCAACAUGGUGAACUAUCGGGCCUGUAAAAACCUGUGGAAGGCCUGUGUGGAGCACCACACCUUCUUCAGGCUGGAUCGGCCCAUCCCACCACAGAAGAACUUCUUCGCUCACUACUUCACCCUGGGCUCAAAGUUCAGAUACUGCGGACGGACGGAGGUGCAGUCUGUGCAGUAUGGAAAGGAGAAAGGCAUCAAGGACAGAGUGUUUGCCAGAUCUCCCAGCAAGCCAUUAGCCAGGAAGUUGGUCGGAGAAACGGACUGGGAGUCGGUCAGCAGGAACAGCCUAUCAGAUGAGAGACUGGAGACCCAGAGCCUGCCCACUCGCUCGCCGCCUGGAACGCCCAAUCAGAACUCGCUAUUUGUACAAGAGGGCACGCGACUACGCCCGUCAUCCGUUGGCCACCUGGUCGAUCAUGUGAUCCACGCUUCACCCAGCCUGCCUGUCUUCUCCUCCUCCAAUCACAAGUCGCCGUCGUCCACGCAGGCCAACAGCAUCAGCUUGGACUCCACACCGUCUCCAGAGGGGCUAGAUGGCCUACCUCCAGCUCUGCCCCCUAAACAGCUGAGCAGGAAGACCUUGAGCCAGAUCAUCCAGGCCCACUCCCAGCAGAGCCUCUUGGACAACCACCUCAACGAGAUGUACGACGUUCCUGUCAAUGCCGAUAAGACCGUGCUAAAUGGAGUUGUCCCUCAUGAUAAUCUGGUCCUGAUCAAGAUGAAACCUGACGAACACGGACGUUUUGGCUUCAAUGUCAAGGGUGGAGCUGACCAGAAGAUGCCCAUCAUUGUGUCUCGAGUGGCUCCGGGAACAUCAGCCGACCUGUGUGUGCCUCGCCUUAACGAGGGUGACCAGGUGGUCUUAAUUAACGGACGGGACAUCUCGGACCACACCCACGACCAGGUGGUCAUGUUCAUCAAAGCCAGCUGUGAGAGCCAUUCUGGAGAGCUCAUACUAUUGGUCAGACCGAACGCCAUCUAUGACGUGGUGGAGGAGAAGGCGGACUCGGAGCCAGAUUUUCAGUAUAUCCCUGAGAAGUCCCCUCAGGACCCCGCCCAGCUAGACCAGCAUGCUUUGAGGGACUCCAUGGUCACACUGAAGGAAGGCCUGAUCAGUGGAGCCAUACUGGCACAGUUCGAUCAACUGUACAGGAAGAGGCCGGGGAUGACCAUGCUGUGUGCCAAAUUACCUCAGAACGUUUCCAAAAAUCGCUACAGAGACAUCUCUCCUUAUGAUGCAACGCGGGUCAUUCUGAAAAGCACAGAUGACUACAUCAAUGCAAAUUACAUCAAUAUGGAGAUUCCAGCCUCGAGUCUUAUUAACCGCUACAUAGCAUGCCAGGGCCCCCUGCCCAGCACCUGCCCCGACUUCUGGCAAAUGACGUGGGAGCAGGGCUCAUCUAUGGUGGUCAUGCUGACUACACAGGUCGAGAGAGGACGGGUGAAGUGUCAUCAGUACUGGCCCAAUCCAGACAGCAGCGCCACCUACGGAGACUUUACAGUAACGUGCCACAAUGAAGAGGGCAACUCUGCCUUUCUGGUCCGGGAGAUGACCCUCGAGCACACACCGAGUGAAGAGCAGAGAGAGCUUACCCAGAUUCAGUACCUGGCUUGGCCAGACCACGGCGUUCCUGAUGACUCCACUGAUUUCCUGGACUUUGUGGGUCUGGUGCGGACCAAACGUGCGGGACAGGACCAUCCGAUGGUGGUGCACUGCAGUGCGGGGAUUGGUAGGACAGGGGUUCUGAUCACCAUGGAGACGGCGUUGUGUCUUAUGGAGUGCGGCCAGCCAGUGUAUCCUCUCGAUAUCGUCAGGACCAUGAGAGACCAGAGGGCCAUGAUGAUACAAACACCUAGCCAGUACCGCUUUGUAUGUGAGGCCAUCCUGAGAGUCUACGAGGAGGGCCUGGUCAAACCAUUCAGGACCGUCGUCUACCAGCUGAGAGAAAAGGUGGACGAGGACGGGGAGGAGGAGGAGAGAGGGCAGCAGAAGGCGGGAGAAGGAGCAGAGAUGGAAGCAACGGAAGACGGGGAGGCGGCUGCGGUGGAGUUGCUGGAAGGAGGUCUGGAUGAAGAGGAUGAUGACGACGAAGAGGUGGAGGUGCUGGAUGUGGGGGAAGUGACAGAAGAUGGGGAGGAGGAGUAUGACGAGGAGGAAGAAGGGGAGGAACAAAGCGUUGCAAGCGUUGCAAGCGCCGCGAGCGCUGCGAGCGCCGUCAGUGUGACCAGCGAGAACCCUGACCCUGAUCCUGCUAACCCCUGACUUUUGACGUUUGGCAGUCAUCUGGGGUUACCAGGAGGACGCCAGGUGGCCGGAGGAGAGAACAAAAGCACUGUUGCACUUUAUGCUGACACAAAUGGAAAAAGACACGCAAACGAACAAACAAACAAACAAACGUGAAAGUCAUGGACAAGCUAGAAUAAAAAAGAAACCCAGCUGUGUUGAAUAGGUACCAUUAGGGGAUAUUGUAUGUUCCGGGUAAAGAAAAAAGUCUUCAAAGAACGAAAAGAUAAAAGUACGAGAGAAUAAAAUGUGGAUGGGGAAUUGCUGUAGUGCCAUAAGUACGAAGGGGAAGGGCCGCCCCCCAUGGACGGAAAGUUUUUUUUCCGCAAAGGGUUGCCCAGUCCCCUUCUGAGCGAGUCUGCCAGACGGACCUGCCUUUUUUUAGUGUCCUUUUAGCUGAUAAAGAGAUAUACCUUAUCUUUUGUUCCUCAGAAAGAGUAUUUAUUGUGUUUUAGUUUGUGUCGAACCCUGUCCACUGAACAAAAAAAAACGUGUAUGUUUGUUUGUAUGAAUCUAGAGCUUCAUGCUUUCCUGAUUAAAUUUUAGGUAGUAAAGUAGUGCGAUUCCUCUUCUUCUAACUACUUCUUUAUUUCUUUUGCUUUCCAUGGGGGGGGAAAACAAACUGAUUUAAUUUAUUGUACUUGGUUUUUAUCUUUCUCAGCUUUCCCCGUCUAAGUUCCUGACAGCACAGACUGACAGAUGGACAGCUGAAAGCACUUUGUGUCUCACCUCUUGUUCAAUGCUGUGGCAAGUUGUAUUCUUGAUUCUGCUUUGUGCUGUGUUUUUGAGCUCCACAGACGCACGCGCUCUGAAGCGCUCGUCGUUUGGGGUGGUGAAGAACAUAAGUGGUUUACAAUCCUCAGGGCCGGUGUUUACUCGGCACCUCUCUUUCACUUUGGUCACUCUACUCUAGACCUCCCACUGAAAGACACAAUGACAGAAAAUGUAAACUUUCAGAAUUGAAAACAAAUUCACAUCGCAUAAUGCUCAGCAGCACAUUAAUAAGGAAGACGAAGACGGUGUUAUAAAGAGAGGCCCCGGUAGACACACGGCCUCACUGAGUUACUAAGUUAUUUCCCAGCCGUCGUGGCUGAUGAAGCUUAAGAAACGAGGCUGAGGUCAGUUCAUUUCUCUCUUCAAAUUCACAUGCAGUCAAUUUGAUAUUUAAAUCAAACCCUGGGUCCCUGCUGAUGUGUCCUUGAGCCAGACACUGACAACACAUCCCCACUGAAGCUCUGUGGCUUCCCUCUCACUGGUUUGUCCAGGUCAAUAUGUUCAAACCUGAGAAGCGAAUAGUGGUCAGAGAACCCCACAACAUAUCAGACACCAGAAUCGUUCAUUAGUUCUCAAAUGGAUGAAAACUGCUAGAAUUUUUAUGCAAUCAGUAUUUAUUUUAAUUUUUAGAAUUGCGUGCCGAAUUGACCGUGAACUGAUCUCAACCUUAGUUUGAAUUGUAAAAACAUGACUUUAAAGGCUCCCUCCAUUGACCUCCCUACAUGUGUUAUACAUACAGAGGGUCAAGACAUUUGAAUCAUUGUUUCUCUCCUUAUACAUUUGUGAGCUGGCGUAUGAACCGGCAUUGAACUCAGUAAGUUUGUUUUUCCAAGGAAAAUUUCAUUUCAUUAAAUACUUUUUAUUUGAUUCGAAGUGAGGUUCAGAGGUCACUGGAGCGCAGCUUUAAACCGACCUUUGCUGUCUGUCUGCCAGAGAACAGGUGACAGUUCAAAGUAGCAGCACAAACAUUCAACCAAUAAUCUUCUCUUUUUUUGGUAAUCCUUCCCAAUGGUACUUCAUUUUAAGGCACAUGUUGUUUUUAAAGCCAAGAUGAUGUGUGACAAGAAGUGAUGAUUUGAAUUUUUAAUUCACAAAACCCAGCAUCAAGUUGCCAUUGUACUUUACAUAGUGGUAUGGAAUGAAGUGUAGCCUCUUCAUAAUUUGAGAUAUUGUUCUUACUGGCUGCUUCGUUACCUGCUGUCAUUGGAUUCUGCUGGAAAAACCUACUGCUGUGAGUGUGAGUGCGUGUUCUCAGAUUUCUGUCUUUCUAUUUCUCUGUACCUCUCCCUCCUCCAUUUCUAACAUCUAGUUUGUUAGUUGUCUGGUCUAGGCCUGCUUGUCCGUUAACUGGAAUGAAGGGUUGUGCCAUAAAGCCACAAACCUAAUCUAACCCGAUCUCAAGUUCUUCUGAAGAAACUCAGAUAGAGCUUUCUUGCAGAGUGUUUUAUUUUUUUUUAAGUCUGUCAUAAAAACAAGGCUGAAUCUUUUCCUGUGAAACAUUUCAAACCACCCCUUUCAAAACUGCUGAAUCAUACUUUGCCACACAGAGAGGUGGGAUCAAGAAGAGCCUAGCUUUCCUCUUCUCGCUCUAUUUUUUAUUUUUUUUAAUCUCUCCUAUAUUGCUGUCCUCUCCCAAAAUCUGCCUUCUCUCAGGCAACACAGUCAUUUGAGCAGAGCCCACGCAACAUCCACAGUACAUUCUUCUCAUUGUUCUUCCCCAGAUGCCUCUAUUUUGGAUCAUUAUACAUGGAUCCCACUCUCUGCAUAGCCAAAAGGCAAAUGACACAUCUAAGCAGAAUACCAUCGGUACAGUAGCUUGUUUUCCAAACUGAGGCAAUGACUGACUGAUUUAAAUGUUUUUAUUUCUUAUUGGCAGAACCUACAUGUAUGAGCUUAUAUUAAAACAACCAUUCAGUUACAGAGCCUCGUGAUAAAGUGGCAUCAAUAACAAGUCAAAUAAAAAAACCUUGACAAUUUCUAAAAGGAAAAUAAAACCUGGGCCCCGCAGUGAAAAGUUAAUAAUUGAUAAAUCAAGGCUGCCAGAGUUUCCAUCUGCACAAAAUGUCUGUGUUGAAAGUGUUUUGUUGUUAUAACAUAAUUGGUACUGUCUGUGCGUUUAGGUUACUGAUCAGACAUCGGGUUAGUUGUAUUUUUGUAAAGAUGAAAACAGCUCUAGUUGGGUAGGGAAAGGACAGCACUUUGUAGAAAGCUGAGUGGCAGGUAGUGCUACUGGAAAAAAAAAAAAUGAAAAAAAAGGUUGGCGACAUACAGCAUUGUUAAAAUCAGUUCUUUUUUAUUUUAUUUUGUCUUUUUAUUUUUAUUUUUUAAUAAGACCAGUAGGGAACAAGAAAAAAAAGAAAAGAACUUCUAACUACACAGUGCCACUUGUUAAUUUGUGUAAAUAAUACUAGACCGUGUAAAUACAAUGUUGUAUAUGAAAAAAAAAUCUUUAAAAUAAAAGGGAAAAUCAUUUGUGAGCAGAAAGAUUUUGUUUUUAUUUGAUUUUUUGAUUUUUCUUUUUCCCUUUUUGGAUAAUUCAAAUGUGACACAAAUGGUGUGUCUUUCAAGACUGCUAUUUCAAAAAAUUAUUGUUUUGUUUUGAGAUAAUAAUCUAUAACAGCGAGUGUGUAUAUAUAAUGAAUCACAAAAGAAUGAGAAAUGUUUUACCGUAUUAUACCCUUGGUUAACUCCUACCUGUGUCAUAAAAACCUUUGUCCUCA